AUGUUGCCUCGAGAGAGGGCAGCGGCUACGGCGCAGCAUGAAGUACGGCAGCUGCUGGAAGAAGAACAAGUCUUCGGCAAGUUUACAGGCUGCACGCCCAAUGAGGGCAUUCAAUGCGGAUGUGUGCCGCAGGCAUGGCUGGCAAUCUCCGUGGCCCUUUUGCAGAUCGUGCUGUAUGCGCCGCUCGCGCUGUUGUCGCGAAGCUGGUACGAGGCAUGGGUGGGUGCCCGGAUUCUCCUGCGCAUGUCCUGGCUGGGGAUGGAACCAUGGGCAGCCAACAUAGCUCUCAUGUUUGGUUUGGGGAACUUGUUCUGUGGCACCUUGCUGCAGCAGUGCUCCGUGCCCUCCAGCAAGACCCAGGGAAGUCACCAAAGGAUCAGGAACGCUUUCAUGAGCGAGGUGCUUGGAAGCGACUUCAUCAUGGGCGAAGGCGACUAUGAUCAAUGGAUGCCAGCAUGGUUCCGCUGGCUUGGAGAUCAAGUGCUUGGGCGGAUGGCCGUGUUCUACUAUCCCAACACACUCGAACCUUCGAAGCUGAUCAGAUGCAGCAGAUCUCAGUUUGAUACGAUUUGUGAAACGACCAUCGAGCGUUUCGGAACGCAGUAUGGUGCACGAGUAGAUCUUUCCGCGGCACGGCACUCAGAAGUGGGGGCAAUUCGCUUCUGCACCCAAGGCCUCGGCGCGUAUGCCCUGGCAAGAAGAGGCAACUCGUACGUCGUGGAUUACAGCUCCAUUGAAGCCAUGCCGGUGAGACAGGGCUACAUGAGAAUGGGGGGAUGCAUGCGUUUGUCUUCAUCUUUAGACCGUGUGGAAGGACUCGACCUUCACGGUAAGACGUACCUCCCCACGGAUGAUGAUUGGGCUGGUGCUUUGCAUGUUUUCAGAUGCACCUGUGGCGCGGCGCUGAUCUUCUAUCCCCACACCAUCUCUUGCCACUACCUGCGUGGUGGCUUCACUGCCACCGUGGUGCGGGAAAUGGAUCCUGAUCACCCAUGGCGCAGGGCUCUGACCCCAUUCACAGUGGUCACUCUCCAUGUCAACUGGGGGUCCAAGAGCAUGAUCUCCUGUCCAGGUUCCAUGUUUGAUCGAAUGGGCCCUUUCUCCCAGUGGUCUGUUCAAGAACUGAUGAGGUCAGCGUGUCGGGAGUUCCGAGUUGAAAGCUUUCCAAGCAACAUGCGGCGAAGAGGUGUGGAUAACCUCACGAGAGAAGAAUACCCAUACGGAUAUUGGGGCCUCAAGUUGUACUCGAUUUUGGAGACUUUUGCUAAGGAGUACAUAGGCCAGUAUUGGACCACCGACGCGUGCGUUGCCGCAGAUGCCCCGUUGCAAUGGUUUUUUGAUCAGUACACCCGACUGUUGCCAGCGAUCUGUGAGCACGCUCCCCCGGGCUGUGUCUCAACACGAGAAGAGCUUGUGACAUUCUUAGCCUCCCACAUAUGGGAGGUGACUGCCAUGCAUGAGCACACUGGGCACGUCGGGGAUCUCCUGCGACAAUAUGAUAUGUUCCACACCCAUGUGGUUGACCAGGAUCUGGCGAAUCUGGAGAGCCUGUUACCAUCACUGCCUUCUCGGCUCUCACUCCUCUUUGCCAGGGCCCUGACCUCGCGACCAGGCGCAAAACUAUACCAGUCUGAUCCCAGGGAGCUAUCGCGGUUCUUUCUAGACAGCUGUGACCCUGCCAUCUCUGCGCGCUUCAUGACCGCACUGCAGGAGCUUCACGAAGAAGUCGCAGCAUCAAAUGCGGAGCAGCCUGACAGUUUUGUGUUCAAGUCAUUUGACCCCUACGUGUUGGAGAUCUCUGUGACGGUCUGA